AUGAGGGCAGAUAGAUUCAUACCCACGGUCCUUCCUUCUCAGUACAAUCGUUCUCCUUCAAUAACUAUUCGCAGAGACCGCCAGCUAACAUCUUUCAGCGAACCACGGCCUUUUAUCGAUACCCUUUUGAUAGAUCAGUACUUGAACGAGGUCUCAUCAGCAUCAUCUUCCGAAGGGGGUGGAGACAUCACCUCGGGCCAAGCACCUACCUCCCCUACAACUGGAGGCAUAACUAAUGAGAACCAAUUCUAUCUUGCCGCGGCUUUAGGCCAAUCUUCAUCCGAUCGUGUACUGACGUGGGAAUCGCCGGCAACGUUCCAUAGCACCCACAGUGUUGUCUCUCCAGGCAAUACGUCCAUCUUCUCGUUACCACUGCCCAACUCUGGCGAAGCCACAGAGGGCAGCACCAACUCACCUUCGACAUCUUCUUCAACAAUGACUUUUAACAGACUCCAAUCUUCUCGUACAUCGCCACCACGAGCCAACUCCGAGCGCAGGCAGGUUUACACCAUGGGAUCAGGUAUGGGCGUAGCUGGAACAGAUUACCCUAUGGUGAUGGCGUCCUUGACGAUCAGUGAGGUUCCAGAUGAUUCUAAGAAAGUGGACAUAUGCCGCAACCUGCCCUAUAGACUUCUGGAUGCUCCGUUACUCCGCAAUGACUACUACGCUAAUCUCAUUUCUUGGUCUCAUCAGUGUGGAAAGGUUGCUGUUGGGCUUGGAAACGAAGUGUACUUGUGGCAUGAACAAGAGGGUGCUUCUCUGCUCCAAAUCAGUGGUAACCGAUCGGCCAUAAUGUGUGUUACUUUCAACACUGUCAACGAUCUUUUGAUGAUUGGAUGCAGGAAUGGCAUGAUAUAUAUCGCUGAUGCCCCUAAAGAUAUUAUCCUGGCCAAGUAUGAUCAUCGCUCAACUAGGCGUGGAAACAGUCUAGAGUGUGGUGUUUGCAGUGCCUUAUGGGUUCCCAAUCGUAAUGACCUGCUCAUCAUUGGAGAUGAGUCAGGAUAUACUGGUGUUCUCGGGAUCAAAACCGUCUAUGAUAAUGACCAUGAAAUUCACGGUUUGGCAGAGCUAGGAGGCCACUUUCAGCAAAUAUGUGGAAUGGCGUCUCCCAAAGACGGCUCUGAGAUUGCCAUAGGCUGCAACGACAACUCCUGCUCUAUCUGGGAUAUUUCUUGCUUGCAGGACUACAACUGGACACAAGACAUUGAGCUGACCCUUAAGCACACGCUUGUUCACAAUGCAGCUGUCAAAGCUAUGGCGUAUUGUCCAUGGAGCCCGUCCUUGUUGGCAACAGGCGGGGGCUCCCAUGACAGAACCAUACGUUUCUGGCAUACUGGCACAGGUACCCUGAUCAAGAAAAUUCCAGUGCAUGCCCAGGUCACGUCCAUAUUUUGGUCGAGGUUCAAUCGACAGUUUGUUGCCACCUUUGGCUUUUCAGAUCCAGGUAGGGGCUCACUGAUUUCAGUCUUCACCUUUCCUGAGCUUGAACUUCGUGUACAAGUCACCUCAAAAGCGGGUCUGCGGUUUUUGUCGGCGUCGCAAUCUGCCAAUGAUGGACAGGUUGCUGUUACCUCCAACGACGAGACUGUUCGUUUCUAUGAGGUCUGGCCUGUUGUAGCAGGAGCUGUUCCCAUGUUCCCCAAGAGUGGUAUCUUUGGAAGUGACUUGAUUGAGCUGAUAGAGGGAAUCGAGAGACCUGAGGCUGUCAUUCGAUAA